CCUCAGCCUCAGCGACGCAUCAACAACCGCGUCAGGGCCCCAAGCCAACACCGCACCCCCAUCGCCAGGCCCAUUGUCCCGCGCGCCCGACUGCCCGCACGCGCAGCUCCCGCCGCACCUGAAUAGCAUGCCCCGUGCGCUCGUCUACACGCGCGUCGGCUGCUGAUCCACCACCCACGUCAGGCGGGGCCGCAACAGCGCCUGGUCUCGGGAGCCGCAAUCCACACACCCUCCUAUUCGCCCACCGCGACACGCCGCGACCCGAGUCAAGACACACCGCACUCGCAGGCAUGGACAUGCUGCAAGAGCCGGUGCCCGGCGAGCCUGUCGACGCGCAGAAGCACAUGGACCAGCCCAUGGACCAGCCCAUGGAGCAGCCCUUGGAGCAGCCCUUGGAGCAGCCCGUCGACCAGCCCAUCGACCACGCCGUCCAGCCCGUCGACCACGCCGUCCAGCCCGUCGACCAGCCCGUCGACCAGCCCGUCGAGGGCGACGACAGCAACAACACCACCAUCACCGCCGCGACCGUUGCGCCCAUGCCCGACCUCCAGCAGAGCAACAUUGGCUAUACCAAUGGCUACUCGAGCGACAACCACCACCGCCCCCAGACCUCGUACUCCGACACCGCCUACCAGUACAGCGGCGGCCACGGCGGCGACGGCUACCACUCGCGCUUCAACACACCGUCUGACGCAGACACACCGCCCCGACAUGCCUACUACAACAGCGGCAAGGAGACACAGAUGGGCCAGCCCAACUCAAGACCAACUUCGCAAUUGGGCCGGUACUCAAACUCCGAGGGCAAUGCGCGGUCGUACAACCAGGACCAGGUCCAGCGCACCUCGCAGCAGGACGCGACCAAGAACCCCAGCGUGGUCAUCAAGGUCGGCAUGGUCGGCGAUGCCCAGAUUGGAAAGACGAGUCUAAUGGUCAAAUAUGUCGAGGGUAGCUGGGACGAGGACUACAUCCAGACCUUGGGCGUCAACUUCAUGGAGAAGACCAUCUCGAUCAGGAACACGGAGAUCACCUUCUCCAUUUGGGAUCUCGGAGGCCAGCGCGAGUUCGUCAACAUGCUGCCGCUCGUCUGCAACGACGCCGUCGCGAUACUCUUCAUGUUCGAUCUGACGCGCAAGAGCACGCUGAACUCGAUCAAGGAGUGGUAUCGUCAAGGACGAGGCUUUAACAAAACCGCAAUACCAUUCUUAGUUGGCACCAAGUACGAUCAUUUCGUCAACUUCCCGCGCGAGGAGCAGGAGGAGAUUUCCAACCAGGCAAAACGCUUCGCCAAGGCGAUGAAAGCCAGUCUCAUAUUCAGCAGCACCAGCCACAGCAUCAAUGUGCAAAAGAUCUUCAAGAUUGUCCUCUCCAAGGCAUUCGACCUCAAGUGCACCAUUCCCGAGAUAGAAAACAUUGGAGAGCCACUCCUCCUGUACCAAGCCGUAUGAUCGCUGUCGCCUGGCUUAUGGGUGACUGAUAGACGGAGUCAGGGGCGACCCAGCGUCCCACGUGCGAUGUUACCAACGACGAAUGGCUUUUCACGACUUUUGUUUGAGACGGGAAAACAGGCAGGACUUGCAUGGCUCGGCGAUCGGAGCAAUCUUGGGUUUGGUAUUGCGUGCAGUUGCACCAGCGGCGUUGUCAAUUGGAGCGGCAAAACGCGUCUUUUUCGUAGAGGCACUGGAAUGCGUCUAUCUUCUUUCCGUAAUCGCACGCGGGCGAUGGAGGCGCCCGUAGUUGAUCUUGUAAACAAGUAUAGUGUAGUGUCUUGUCAAGCAAAGAGAGUCGCUGAGUUGCGGUA